AUGCCCAAAGUUACUCUGUCAACGUCUGCCUCAUCAACGACAACUCCAUACGAUGACUACAUAAAACAUUACAGGAUCAAAAAACAUGAAAAUGGCUCGUUGUACAUCAGCAAGCACCUCAUGUUCCCAUCCCUCAUCGAACUCAUCGACUAUUACAAAAGCAACCAGGGAGGACUGGUGUGCCCGUUGAGAAGUGCCUGCCCGCGAGAACUUCUCAACGUUCCUCUGAAGGACUUGGAAGUCCAGCAGGAUCAGAUUCAACUCAUCGACCAUCUUGGCUCUGGACAGUUUGGAGAUGUCUACAGAGCAUUGAUUAAUGGCAAGCAGGAAGUUGCGGUGAAAACUUUAAAAACGGAAUCAACAAUGGAGGUGGGCAAGUUCAGGAAGGAAGCAGAAAUUAUGCACAACCUGAGACACCCGAGGUUAGUGGGGCUUUUGCUGGGCAUCUGCAUGCAGUCUCGACCACUCUUCAUCAUCACCGAGUUCAUGUGCGGAGGCUCACUCACGUCCUACCUCCAAGACAACCGCACUACACUCAACUUCAACAAUCUUGUCGAUAUCGCUGCUCAGGUAGCAGAUGGUAUGUCCUACCUGGAGUCUCAAAACCCGCCAUACAUACACAGGGACCUCAGAGCCGCCAAUGUACUUGUCGCCGGAAACAAUGUCGUCAAAGUUGCUGAUUUUGGACUGGCCAAACAGGUUGAAGAGGGCGUUUAUGAGGGAAGUGAAGUCUCGAGGUUUCCAGUGAAGUGGACGGCGCCUGAGGGUUUGAGGUUCAUGUUGUUCACUGUUAAGUCAGAUGUCUGGUCAUAUGGAGUACUCCUCUACGAGAUAUUUACACUCGGGAAGGUACCAUACUCAGGCUGGUCGAACUUUGAGGUAAAGACUCAGGUGUUGCAGGGUUAUCGACUGCCCCAACCGUCAACUGGACACGGAGCUCUCGACGAACAGGUCUACGAUGUGAUGGUGAAGUGUUGGAAUGAGGUGGAUGUUGAGAGGCCUUCGUUUGCCCAGCUGCUCAUCUUCUUUGAUGAGAUCAUUCUUGAAUCCAAUUAUUUUGUAUCCGAUCUUGACUGA